CCCCACCCCACCCCACCUUCUUCCAUCGCGCGGCGACCAGCACCGGCGGCGACUCCACCACCAACAGCAGCACCAGGCGAGCGAGCCAACCCAGCCCAUGGCGCCACCGGCCCGCGCGUCCGCGAAGCAGCCGAAGCCGGGGAGGGCCCUGGGGCGGAGGGGCAUGUCGCGCGCGGAGGCGGCGGCGGCGGCGGACGCGGCGGCGAGGCGGUCGGCGGCGGCGCGGGAGUGGCGCGUGUGGGGCGAGUGGGCGAUGGGCGCGGCCAAGGUGGUGGCGCACUACGGCUUCAUCCCGCUCGUCAUCGCCGUCGGCGUCAUCAAGUCCGACCCCAAGCCCUCCCUGUUCCAGCUCCUCGCCCCGUUCUGAUCGGUCCGUCCGCGUGAUCGCGCUUCGCUAGGGUUCGUUCGAGAGGUGAAACAGCCAGUGGUGUCCGUGGUAGUUAGUUAUGUCAUCGGUAAAACUUGCUAGAAUUAUCUGUGCUGCACCUGCCAUUCUGCUCUGGAUCAAAUUGAACCUGAAUCGCUGUUACAUAGUAGUAGUAUAAAUUAUAAAAUUUCGGUGAUGAUUUGGUGA